GGGGCGGUGACGUCAGGGGCGCGCCGGACGGUGGCUUGAGAGUCCGUGCGUUCCGCGUGGGGCGGCGGCGGCGGCGGCGGCGGCGGCAUGGAUCGGGACCCCAGCCCGGGGGGCGCGCGCCGGGCGCUGGGCCGCCUGCUGGAGGCGGUGCUGGCGAGUCGCCGCGAGGCCAACGCCGUGUUCGACAUCCUGGCCGUGCUGCAGUCGGAGGACCCGGAGGAGACCCAGGAAGCGGUGCGCGCGUGCAGCCGCCUAUUCGGGGCCCUGCUGGAGCGGGGAGAGCUGUUUGUGGGCCAGCUGCCCUCCGAGGACACGGUCAUGGCAGGGUCCCAGGGGGCGACGCGGAAGUACAAGGUGUGGAUGAGACACAGGUACCACAGCUGCUGUAACCGCCUGCGGGAGCUUUUGGCCCACCCCUCCUCUGAGGUCAAGGAGCUGGCUCUCAGCACGCUCAUGAAGUUCGUACAGCUGGAGGGAGCACAUCCCCUGGAGAAACCCAAGUGGGAGGGCAGCUACCUGUUCCCUCGCCAGCUUUUCAAGUCGGUGGUGGAAGGCCUGCUGCCUCCGGAGGAGGACCACUCGCUGCUGGUGUCCCGGUUCCAGGAGUACCUAGAGCACGGCGACAUCCGCUACCACACGAUGCAGGCGGCCACGGGUGUCGUGGGCCAGGUGGCUGGCAGGUACCCCGAGGUGCCGCCUGCUUUCUGGAACAACGCCUUCGCGCUGCUGUCUGCCGUGAGCCUCCCCUGCCAGGAGAUCAGCUCCUCCAGCUUCUACGUGAAACACGCUGAGCUGUCGCACAAGUGGAAGGUUGCUCAUCUGAAGGAGCACAAGAAGGCCUUCCAGCUGAUGUGGCUUGGCUUUCUCAAGCACAAGCUGCCCCUCAGGCUGUACAAGAAGGUGCUGGUGAUCAUGCACGACGCCAUCCUGCCCCACCUGGCCCAGCCCACCCUCAUGAUCGACUUCCUUACCCGCGCCUACGACGUGGGGGGCGCCAUCAGCCUGUUGGCCUUGAACGGACUUUUCAUCUUGAUUCACAAGCACAACCUCGAGUACCCUGAUUUCUACCGGAAACUCUACGGUCUCCUGGACCCGUCUGUCUUCCACGUCAAGUACCGGGCCCGGUUUUUCCACCUGGCCGAUCUCUUCCUGUCAUCCUCCCAUCUGCCCGCCUACCUGGUGGCUGCCUUUGCCAAGCGCUUGUCCCGCCUGGCGCUGACGGCGCCCCCCGAGGCCUUGCUCAUGGUGCUGCCCUUCAUCUGCAACCUGCUGCGCCGACACCCCGCCUGCCGCGUGCUGGUGCACCGCCCGCUGGGCCCCGAGCUGGAUGCCGACCCCUACGAUCCUGCAGAGGAGGACCCGGCCAAGAGCCGCGCCCUGGAGAGCUCGCUGUGGGAGCUGCAGACCCUCCAGCGGCAUUACCACCCUGAGGUGUCGCAGGCCGCCAGCGUCAUCAACCAGGCGCUGUCGGUGCCUGAGACCAGCAUCGCACCCCUGCUGGAGCUCACGGCGUUCGAGGUGUUCGAGCGGGACCUGAAGAAGAGGGGCCGGGAGUCGGUGCCCCUGGAGUUCCUCCCGGCGCAGGGGCUGCUGGGCCGGCAGGAUGAUCUCUGCGCCCAGCACUUCACGCUCAGCUGACCCUGAGCGCCCGCUCCCCGCCCCCCGCCCCCACCUGUGGUUUUGUAGGAGAGAGAUGGGGGUGGGCUGUGGGUGGCGGGGUGGAGUCCGGGGAGCGCUGGCCUGUCUUCUGACUGCUCCGGCGGCCGGGUCUGCAGGCUGGUGGUCACAGUGCCGGCCAUGCACGGAGGGCGCCUCGUGUCCACCCGCGGCCCCCCCCCCCCGCCUGCCCCCCCCCGCCUCUCCCCUCCUCCGGAAGUCUCUCCCUUAGCCGGAGCCCGGGUGGGCGUGGGGCCAGGGUGGGGGUCGGGGGCUGCGGCCACACGGGGCUCUGGGUGCACUGGGCGGUGGCUUCUGCCAGCCCUGUGUGACCCCGGGGCCCCUUACGUCCGAGCAUCUGGGCCACACCCCCCUCCCUGCUGCAGCUGGACUGUGACCUGGGAGCGACAGUGAGGGUUCUCUGUCCUGGUUAGUCAUGGGCAGCAUGGAGUACAAGCCACCUGUUCCCAGUCGAGCUAAGGAGGACCUGCCUCUUUGUCCCGUGGUGCCCGUGGUCCCAGGUGCGCGGUGGGCGUA